AUGUCCAUCAGUCGGAAGAACUGGUCGGCUCUUUCCAGGUAAGACUAGAGGGUUGUUAGCCUACUUCUUUUUUUCCGAGAAACAAAACACCUCUGUGUUGCUGCUUUUCGACAAAAUUAUUGUCUUAAUUUGCUGCCCAGCUAAAUGGCUUCACAUGACAGCCAAACAUCAUAAUUUGUGUGUUUAAUAAAGUUAAUAAUUUGGUGACUUCUUACAUCUUUAGUCUGCAGACCUCUGAGCUGACACUAUGGCCAAUAAAAAAAGUAUUUUUUCUGCUUCCUUCACGUCUACCUGGGGUGUGAUAGAUUAUUUUGAUUAAACCCUAUGUGUAUUAAGUCACUUUUACUCUAUGCUUUUAGGUUUGAGUCAAGUCAUGACUAGAAAAAUAAAGACUGAGUGGUUUAUUUAAAGUUUCCCAGAUAAGCAAACAACAGUGCCUCUAUAGUUAUAGCAGUUGAUGAACAAGUAAAGCAGGUUCUGUGUAACCGUUAGCCUAUAAUAAUCCUUUCCAUCAACCAAAACAGGCAGUUAACUGGAUUAAUAUCUGUAAACUCCAUGAGAGAUUCAUAACUUCAUAAAAGCUGAGAUUGUAUUGCGCAUUUCCAUUCUUGCUUCGGUUUCAUUUUUAAGCCACGUGCAUGUUAUGAUUCUGCCCUCAGCCUGGCGCGCCAGUGGACUAUGGAGGAUGAGGAAGAGGCGGAGAGGGAGAGGAGAAGGAAGGUGAAGAGCAGUACCACAGAUCCGGAUACCGAAGAUAGCCAAACACCAGGAGACUCACCCACGAGUGACAGCACCCCUGGGACAGGCUCAGCAAGUGAGACGUCCCAGGGCCUCAACAGGUUAUUACCAAAGCAGAUUUUAUUGAUUAAAACUUACCUAAAAAAAAAAAAAAACUAUUAUUCAUGGCUAUCAGCUCUUCUCCUUUGUUGUGUCUUAUUUGUAAGAGGGCCGAAGGGAAGCUUUCUGUGUGAAUCACUCUCCUCCUCAGGUCUUAUACGUUCUAGGGGAUAGAUUUCAGAAGAAGAAGGAGAAGAUCUCCACUUUUGCCCUUUGGGAGAGAGUCAUCUGUAUACUUUACAAACACCAAAAAAACCCGAUACUAUGCACAGAAAGUUUAAAAAGGUUUUCAAAAACACCAUCAGCUGAUUACCUGGAGCAGGAGCCAUUUUCAAAGAGAGAGAGGGACUGUAGAGCCUUUCUUUAUGGAAACUUGAUCAGAUAAAUGAGUGACAGGUUACUCGGGCUCCUUGUCUAAAACUAUCCAUCAUCAAUAUAUUCUGCUAACAGUGUGUAUGCUCUAUUCAUUUUCAGUCUGGAUCAGGUGCAGCUGGAUUUUGUAGAGAUGCUGCGCGUCCGUGAUGAAAAGCGCCGGAAGAGGCAUGUGGAGACGCUAACACGACAGAGGGAAGUUGAGGAGGAUGGAGCGGAGGCCAGCAGGGAAGGAGCAGAAAGUGGGGCCAGGGUGGAGUUGUUGGGGGACAUGGAUGAGGGUGAGAUUAGUGUGUUUCCCCCUGCGCCGCUCGCUAAGCCACAAUCACCUGUAAAAACCACGUCGUACAGUCCUGCAAACAGCAGAAGCAGCAGUACGAGCACCACCAUCACAAACAGACAAGUAAGACUGGAGUCACUUUUUACCUUUCUGAACAGUUAAAGAGAUUCUGUCAAAAUUGCUUUGGAGACAUACCUAAGUUCUCAUGUGACAAGAUGACAGCUAUGCUCGCAGAUUUCUCUAUUACUACGGACUCUGUUCUAACUUAACACAGUUUGAUAUUCAGGGGUAAUGUUGACAGUCUGAGCGUAGCAGAUUAGCAUGAUAGCACCUGCUGAUUAACAUCAUCUGGGAUCCAUGGAUGCUCUUACGGAACAUUGUGCUAACAAAAGCAUCCUUUUCAGUGAGAGGGGAAACUUUUACCUGCUUACAGUACUCGCGUCCAAGUUUAGGGACUUGGACUAAGAACGUCAGUCAUCCAAUAGUUGUAAUCAGAGUUGAGAUCAAAGUGGUGGAAACGCUGUCCACCAGGCUGACAUUUCUAUCCUCGGAAAAUAAACCACAAGCAUGGCUAAAAAAAGAACAAAGUGCAUCUACUAAUAGAGAGAUCUGUUGAUGGAACAAACUGGCAAACCAGUCAUGUUUCACUUAGUCAUGAUACAGUGGCAGGUCAUGGUGCCAACCUGCUGUGUGGUUUAUCACAGUUAACUGUUACCCCACACAGAGGGAGAGAUGUUAAUCAUUUCCUAGAUUUUACAACAACAACUUGUGUCUCUCUCCAAUCAGGUGAAAAUAUAAAUAGAUCUAGUCUGUUUUUUUUUUCUAUAAACAUCAGAAUAUAUAGAGUUAUUAAAUUAAGGAAAAUGGAGUGAAUGCUGUAUUGUUUCCUGUCUUAUAACCGUUCUCUUCCUGUUCAUCAAGUGCCCAUGCAAAUCAUCCAUAAAACUUUGAUAAGGUGUACUUAAGGUCAUAAUUUGAGCUUUAUCUUUUAUGAUGCUCACAGCCAGCUUUUAUUCAGCGGAUCUGCAAAUGAGUCCAUAGCUGUUCAGUGUUAUGUAACCCAAGGUGUGCCUCUGAUGUUGUGUGAAAGCCUCUGUGCUGUGUACUCAUGUUUAUUUUUUCUCCUGUUUGUUUCUUUGUUAGAACGAAAAUAGAGAGUCAUCAGGCAAAGCCCCUGAUCCCAAACCACCGUCCAACCCGACACGCAAGUUUGUCAGGUUAAUAAACACAAUUUUAUUUCUUGUUCGUAUUGCAUGUUUGUCUAUGGGGCGGAUCAUAACAGAUCAAACAGUUUUUUUUAAGAGAUGAGGGGUAUUAAUUCUUCACAGGGAAGUCAAAGUGAGGCAGUGCAGAAGAGCGAUGGGAGAAUUAACCUUCAGAAAGAUAUUCUCUAUUAUCUGCUAUUGACUAGAUUUGGUUUAUCGCUGGAAUAAUGACCGUAUAAAGCUGGCUUUAAAGUAAGAAAACAAAGACUAGAAAGUAGAUAGAGCAUUUAAAACGACCUUCUUCCGAAGAGACCAAUGAUGGAGUCAGAAGAGAAUAAACUGCCAGUGGAGUCGACAAGGUAAAGAAGUGUUAAGCCUACCAGCUCUUGAGUUUGUUUGGAUUUUGUUUGGAUCAUUUUAAACAUUGUGUGGUAAUUUUUAAGAGUAUGACAUGGUGGAGAAACUGUUAGUCUUGACGUAAGUGACUUUAACACCCUUUGAGAGGUAGAAACAGAUGUGUGAGGGUCGUGAGGGUGCUGUGAUGGUUUCAAUACCCUGUGGCUCUGCUGGGACUUGUUUCUGGAUCACUGCUUGCUUCUUUAUGCAAAUCUUGCCCUGACCUUUCCCUUAACUUGCAUCUCUGAUGUCGCAGCUCGGUCUCCAUCUCCCUUGACCGAAGUCCCUCAACCAGUGGGUGCACAUCUCCCAUGAGCCCCGGGUCUCCGACAACCCCUUCGUCACCUCAGGAGCACUGGCCGUCUCCCUGUCAGAGCCCCUCUCCUCGGGGAGCUCAGAGUCCUGUUCAGAAUGGACACGCACAGGAGGUAAUUGAUCAAACACAGUGUAAGGUGACAACACCUUGUCUGCUUUUAAUGCCAAUGUUUGUUACGCUCUGGCGCCACUGCUCUCUGAAUUUAAAAAGCAGCAUCACCCUCUAGUGGUGAGAUUAAUCACUACAGCAUUGGAUAUCUUCUGAAAUCUGCAACUGCUUAUUUGCCACUGCUGCCUUUAAACAUUAAACUUCUCAAAGCUCGGUAAAAACCUGGUUGAGCUGUCUCACUGCCUGAAUUUAACAUCAUUUCACUUUACCUUAGACUGGUGUGAAUGGCUCUCCCUCCAGCGGCAACUUUGCACAGACUUCCAAACCUGCGUUCACCAGACAGAGCUCCAGGACUAUAUCUUUCAGGGUAAACACAAAGCAGACAUUAAUUUUCUGCCUAUUUGACUGUUAAAACUUGCUUAAUCUCACAUCAGCUAUUAGACUAUCAGCUCAGGGUCAUUUGCUUGUGCCUCUCAAAAUUCGGGCCCAUGCUAAUGCUGUAGCUGCAGCAAUAUUGACCAGCUUUGACUGCUGACUGGAUGCUUUGUUGAAGAUGGAGUGACAGUGCUGGUCAUUAGCCGCUUAUAUAGAUGACUGUAUAACCUCAGCUUUAAUGUUUGGGUUUCCUUACAGAUGAUGAGGAAGAAAGAAGAGGAGAUUUCACCUCUGCAGAGAAGGUAAAGAAACACCUUUGGUUUUAACUCUAGUCUGUUUUUGUAUCUACCUCACUCCAAGUGCUGAGUACUUUUUUUUAAUGUUGUUGUUGUAGUUCGAGUGUGAGGAUGGCCUCAAAGAAGUUUGAACCCAACACUGUAAGAUGAUCAUUUUCUUUCACCUGAAUUAAAACAAUAAUACUAAGGUUGUGAGGUUGUUCUGACAAAAUUAAGUAAAUAGUUAUAAGUGAUCAAUUUAUAGCUUGUAUGUUUGUUGCAUGCAUUACUUGUACUGGGAGAUAUUUCAUCUGUUAAGAUAUUGACUCAGACGCUAGUGCAUCAAAAUGUUAGUUAAGUUGCAAUGUAUAUAUGAUUUGAGUUGCAUGUAGUCGAAUCAUAGUGUGUACAAUAUUAACUAUCUUUUUGUUUGGUGAAUUGGACCAGGACCAAAAUGAGGAUGAGGAUAAAUCAUCAUCUUUCCAGAGAAAGUGAGUUUGUAGAGUUAAUUUAUUUUAUCUAAAGUUUAGUGAUCUUAAUUUUAGUCAAAGUGUGUGUCCACAGCUGCAUCUGUUAAUAUACUGAGUGUGUAUUCUGAUUUCCAUCCAGCUCCAGGCAGAGGAUUUCAUCCAGGUCCAUUCAGGAGAAAAUGGAGAGGCUGGCUCAGGCCGCACAGGUUAGACUCUCGGGCAAAUAAAGCAUACUAUUCAAGUGGAGAAGUGCUAUUGUGUUUUCUAACUUUGAGUUCUUGUUUGUGUGUAGAAAUCUGAAGUUGUGAAAUCUCCAGAUGUGACCCAGAGGACCCUGCACCUGUUGGACGAGGUGUCCAGGAAGAGAGGUCUCUUUGAGAAGGAGCAGCAGGCGUCAUCCCUGACUAGCCCUGGAGUUUCCAGACAGGUAUGUUUCCUCGACAUUUUCUUUCUCUUUCAGAUUCACAUGCUUUUACAAAGAAGCACAGUUAUACUGAUUAUUUGGAGCCUCUGUUUAUGUUUAUCUUUGUGUAUCAGGAUUUUAGAAACUUUGCAUCAGGAAUGUCAGACCGGAUCAACCGCUGGCUCAACAAGACCAACCAACCCAUGUCAUCACACAGUCCAACUGUAAGGCUUUUUCUGCAUCUGCUUCCUGUAACAAGGUGUACAAGUGUGACUCCGGCUGCUAGAGGGCAGUAGUGCUCUUUCACUAAGACUGAGCGUGACUCACUGUCCAGAGCAGGUUUUACUGCUCACUUUCUCCUGCUUAUUUCUAGUUAAUCUGGAGUUGUAGGUUCACUGUGUUAAGAGCAGAAAAAAUUAAAAGGUUAUUUUUCCCUAAAUGAAUAAAAAAAAGUCCUGAAGAAAAAAAGUUGUUUAGAUUAUACAGAGAAAUUUAUCCAACCUUUUUCAGUGUUUAUGAUAUCUAAAUUUCCUUUACUCUGACUGUUGUACUGAGGGUUUUGAAGAAGUAUAUGACCAUUUUCCCAAUUGUAGGAUUUAAGACAUGUGGACAUCACCAGCAAGAGGAGCCUGUUCGAGAACCGAGAAGAGGACAGCAUUCCCAAAACCACUCCUGUAAAAAUCAACAAGUGA